GAGAGAGAGAGAGUGAUAUAGCAAGAGCGGCGGUGGCUGCGGCAAAAAAGACGAAGAGUUUAACUACGCGCUGUGGAGUUAGGAUACGUGGCGGGGGCGGAAGGAGCAUCUCGUGACGACGCUCCUGCCCCGGGCCUUGGGACAAUGUGAUUAAACGUGCCCGAGGCGAGACACUCGGAACAAACAAGGAUAUAAUAUGUCUCGGCGCGACGCGUCGUCAUGGCUAGACACGAGGCUCCUAACAAUCUGGCUGCUGCUCGCCCUCGCGCUCCUCGGACACGGCGCACGAGCUGCGAAGCUGCCAUCCACGGCCCUUGCGGUCAUCGUCCCGGCGAUGAACGCCACCGAGGACGAGCCCCCCAGGAACGCGACGAUGCCCUGCAACGAGGCACGGCUCAAGUGCGCCUUCCGCACCGGCUGCGGACGGGCCCUGCAGUUCUACCUCACUCAUUGUGCCUCCCAGCUCCAAGGUGACGUUAGCGACUGCCCGGAGAUCUGCCAGUACGCGCUCAUCGGUCUCAUGAGCACCGACCAGGGCAAGGAGCUCAUGACGUGCGACUGCGCCAAGGACGACGUGCUGUGCACGCUGCCAAAGUCGCAGGUGGAAAUCUGCCGGGCCUCCGUCACCACGAUGAUGAACCGCACGAGGCUCUCUUGCCGCGCGGCCACCUCCAUCUGCAACGCCGACGUCCUCUGCUCGACCGCGCUUCAGUACUACAACGAGAACUGUAAGCGCAUGUUCCUCGGCAAGAAGUGCACCAAGCGCUGCCGCAACUCGAUGAACAUCCUGCGCCGGCAGGAGAAGGCGGCCAAGCUAAACACGUGCUUCUGCGACGGCGCCGAGGAGUACGACUGCAACGCCAUACACCGCAACAUGGACGAGCUCUGCUUCAACAAGCCACCCCAGCAGCAUCAUAACUACCACGAGGAGCAGCAGUUCGGUGCCGGGGGUUCGAGCGGCGGGGGGGGCCCCGGGAGCUCCGGUGAUCCACGGACAAACAGGAUCCCGAGCCGGGGCGGGCCCACGAGACCCAGCGCAUCCUGGGCGAUACUUCUCCUCGGCCUCGUGCUCCAGCUCCGCUCCAUGGCACGAGAAGAAUGACGACAAGCGUAAGCUCCCAACACGAACGUCCGGAACAGUAUUUUGCGAGUGAACGACCAAAGACUCCGUAAAUGUUUAUACCUGCGGCGAGAGCAGCUCCUCGCUCGAUAUCUGGCCCCAUCAUCCUCCAAAUCAAGAGUGACAAACGCAUCCACUCAACAUCUUCGGUGCGCGAACUCAGAGCAAAGAAAUAUCAGCGAGAUGCACCCGAAGAAAAAUCCGGGCGACGACGCGGCGCUCGGCACACGGAGCCCGAGCACAACUGAGAUCGAGACUGAGCGAGAGAG